AUGACCUCGGAUUCUCUACUACACCGCCCGACCGAGGCACUUAUUCUCCCAAACAAACGGCGCUUCUUCCCGUUCAAGAUCCCCAACUUCCAUGUGCAGCUUCGCAACUACAUCAGCACCGCUGAUCCCGAUCGCAUCUAUGUGGUCGUCGAGAGGAUCGUAUACUCCAUCCAUAUCUCGGCGCAAAAACGAGUGAGCGUAGCGGUCAUUCCGUUUGAACCGCGCUGUCUCGCCGCUGGACAUGGCUGGAUAGCCAUCGGCGGUCCUGAAAAUGGCGAAUGUGCUUUCGUCCGGAUUGGGGACCGAGACUUGCAAGUGCAGGGGGAAAUACCUCCGUUCUACACUUCCGAUGUGGAUACGCCGCUGCCACUCGAUCUCGACCCACCGUCAAGACGGACAUCGCCGGGGACUCCCAACAACGCCGCUUCGGAAUUUGCAUCAGCGCGCUACCACCCCAAUCGGCCAUUGCGUGAAGUGGAGCUUCAUAAGUUUGGCGGUAGCAUAGUCAAUUCGGUGUCUAUUCAUCGUUUCUAUGGUGGCGGUGAUGGUGUGGCGGAUGAAGACGUGGUUGUUCUAAGCAACAAUGAUCGAACAGUAACCGUGUACUCCCUCACGCGCGCAAAGGUCCUUAAAGUUAUUCAUCACCCGACGUGCAUGAAUUAUGCGACAAUUUCUCCAGACUCGAAACUACUAACUGCUGUCGGAGAUGAGAAUCGCGCUUACUUCUAUGAAAUUGUCCGUGACAUGGAGUCAGUCGGUGUCACUGAUGCAGAUCAAAAGGUGACAGGAUGGGAAUGGGAGCUUAUUCAAAACCUGGAGUUGAAUAUUGGCCUGCGUGCGGAUGAUGCAUGUUGUUUUACUGUUGCUUUCUCGCCAUCCAGCCGUUUGUGUGCUAUAGGCUCCCAAUCUGGAAUCAUCACCAUCAUUGAUGUUGACUCCGUCUGGGGGACUUUGGGCCAGUCUGAGGAUGACACGCCUGUUAUUUGUCAAUUUUCAGCGUCACGGUCAUGCGCCGAAGGCGGCGCUGUGCGCUGCAUGGCAUUUUCACCGGAGCCUUGGGACCUUCUAGUAUGGCUAGAGGGCCAUGGUCGAGCCGGUGUUGCAGACGUUCGCCAGGGAUUUUUACGCAGGCAGAUUCUUCACCUAGAUGCCAAUGAGCCGUCAAUGGAAGAAGUGUAUACAGAUUAUUUGACCGACGAGCUGGAACGUCCGCAUUUUGAAGACAUAUCCGAUCAACCGCCACGCCCGAGGGUCAAUGAUGACGACCUCGAAAUUGAGAGGUAUACAGAGGAUGCAGAGCAUUCUUCACUACGCGAAUCUGUGAUGCACGAUCUUACCGAACGAGAAAGAUUGAUUAUGGAAUUUUUGAACACAGCACGCUGGACGUCACGACUUGAAGAGGGUCUUACCGAGAGACCAGAACGAUCAACAAUCUCCGGUCUUCAUCCCCCUCGUCCAGUGGCUCGAACGCGGCAUCACGGUUCCACAGAUGGUGCCACUCGAACUCACCGUCCUACUUCACCUCCGCGUCCAUACGAUCAGUCUGAUGUCUCCCGAGACAGCCAUUUGGGCCGUUUAGCAUCCACUCCAAGACGUCAAGGCUCGGUAAUCCUGUCCCAGGGCAAUCGAUCCUCGGAGACGGCGUCUGUUCAUCCUGACCGUCAAUCAAAUAUUCUGAACUAUUCAACUUCACCCUCUGAACUUCCAUCCCUCACUUCAGAGGUCCUCUCUCGAGCGGGGGUCGACCCCGAAAUUAUUCACGAUGAAGCUGGCACGUCGUCGGAAGCAAAUGGCUCAUCUAAUCCAAAUAUCGGCUCACAUGGCCUGACUCGCCGGGCUCCGCGAUCAAGCUCUAUUCCACAACGAAUUGAUCGACAGCCAAGUGGAGCAUCUGAACAGAGGAGAUACGACACGUCUCGCCUGACAACAUAUGAGAUACGUGCCAACGUAGCCGCCGAGCGGCUCAGGCGCCAACGCCAAAUCGCUAAUGAGGUACACAAUCGCUCCUUUGAAAGAGAUCAGCGGCAUCGCCAACAGCUACUCGGCUUCGAGCAAACACACUCUCCUCACUGGAUCAGAAAUAUCAUCAAUGAACUCCCCGAUCGAAACAGCCAAAAUUCCGCCGACGAACCGGAUUCCACCGCUGGUGUUGGUUGGGGGGCCGAUGGACGAACCUUGUACAUUGCUACAUUGGAGGGUAUCUACGAGUUUCACCUUAAUAUUCAUGACCGAAAAACUUUCCCUAGCUUCUCUUGUCGCUGA